AUGGCCCAAGGGGACUUCAACCUUCUCUUCAAGUUAACCCUCACUUUUUCUCUUUUCAUUCCCUACGUUCUCUCUCGCACCAUAACUGAAAGCUCCCAUUCUCACACCACCGCUGUCCUCGACAUCUCAGCUUCCGUUCAACAAACACUUGAAGUCUUAUCUGUCAAACCAACUCAACACGAAGAAGAACUCAAUACAACCACACCCACUUCGUCGUCUUUACUCUCUCUCACAAUCCACCCACGUUCCUUUCUCAUCAAACCCCACCACAAUGACUACAAAUCUCUCACUCUCUCCCGACUCGCCCGCGAUUCAGCCCGGGUCAACUCACUCACAACCAAGCUCCAGCUUGCACUUAGCCCACUCAACAUCUCGUCUCUCCUACCGGUCGAGACCGUACUUCAGCCUGAAGACCUUCAAUCUCCGAUCACUUCAGGCGUAACUCAGGGAAGCGGCGAGUACUUCACCCGAGUCGGAGUGGGUCAACCCGCCAAGCCUUUCUACCUGGUCAUCGACACCGGUAGUGACAUCAACUGGCUCCAAUGUGAGCCCUGCUCCGAUUGCUACCAACAGUCUGACCCCAUUUUUAACCCGGCCCAGUCGUCCUCGUACAGACCUCUGUCUUGCGGGUCUCAACAGUGUUCCUCUCUCGAUAUUUCGGGCUGUCGGGCCGAGAAGUGUCUUUAUCAAGUCUCGUACGGCGACGGGUCGUUCACCGUCGGCGACUUGGCUACCGAAACGGUUUCGUUUGGAAGCUCAGGCUCGGUUCCGAACGUGGCAAUUGGAUGUGGUCAUGACAACGAAGGUUUAUUCGUCGGCGCGGCUGGCUUACUGGGACUCGGCGGCGGCUCACUGUCUUUAACUUCUCAGAUCAAAGCGACGUCGUUUUCUUACUGUUUAGUGAACCGUGAUUCGAGCUCUUCAUCGACUCUUGAGUUCAACUCGGCAGCACCCGGUGACUCGGUCUUGGCUCCGCUGCUUCGUAACUCGCGAAUCGACACUUAUUUCUACGUCGGACUCACCGGAAUCGGUGUCGGCGGCAAGUUGCUGUCAAUUCCGGCGGAAGUUUUCUCCGUUGAUCAGAGUGGAAAAGGAGGGGUAAUAGUUGACUCGGGAACGUCCAUAACUCGGUUACAGACUCAGGCCUACGACGCGCUCCGUGACUCGUUCGUGAAAUACACGCCGGACUUGCCGCGUGCGAGUUCGUUUGCUUUGUUCGACACCUGUUAUGACUUGUCGUCGAUGAGCAGAGUCAGCGUUCCAACGGUGUCGUUUCAAUUCGGAAGCGGUAAAACGCUGUCGUUGCACCCCAAGAAUUACCUGAUACCGGUUGAUUCCUCAGGGACAUUCUGUCUCGCCUUUGCUCCGACGAAAGGGUCACUGUCUAUCAUCGGUAACGUACAGCAGCAAGGGACACGUGUCAGUUACGAUUUGGCCAAUAAGGUUGUUGGGUUCAGUUCCAAUAAAUGUUAA